AAAAUCUCCAAACUUUUCAUUUAUCUACCAAUAUUGAUCAAAAUUUCUUUCAUUGAACCAUAUUCAAUCUUCCUCAACAAUAUGGCUUUUGCUAUGAUACCAUUAUCACAAUGGCCCUGUUGUUGUUGUUUUGUGCUUUUAAUGAUGAUGAUGAUGGCAAAUUAUGCUGAAAGUAUUGGUGUCAAUUGGGGUACCCAAGCAGCUCAAGAUUUGCACCCUACUAUGGUAGUUCAGAUGCUCAAGGACAACAACAUUAGUAAGAUCAAAUUGUUCGACUCCGAUCAUUGGACGGUCAAAUUCUUCGCCGGCACAGGCAUUGAAGUUAUGCUUGGUAUCCCUAAUGACCAAUUGUCAAGGCUUACUAAAUAUGGCAAUGCCAAAGAUUGGGUCAAAGAAAAUGUUACUUCACAUAUGUAUGAUGGUGGUGCUAAUAUAAAAUAUGUUGCAGUAGGAAAUGAGCCUUUCUUGAAGAGUUACAAUGGUUCACACAUGAAAACAACGUUUCCAGCAUUGCAGAAUGUCCAAAAGGCCCUCAAUGAAGCUGGAUUAGGGGACAAGAUCAAAGCAACCAUCCCUCAAAAUGCAGAUGUGUAUGACUCAGGUUCAGAUGGUCCGUCGGCCGGCGAUUUUCGCGACGAUAUCAGAGACCUCAUGGUUGAUAUUGUGACUUUUCUACAAGACAACAAAGCACCAUUCCUUGUCAACAUCUACCCUUUCCUCAGUUUAUACGAAAAUCCAGAUUUCCCCGUUGAAUUUGCCUUCUUCGAUGGCGGAUCGCGACCGGUUCAGGAUGGAAACAUCCAGUAUACAAAUAUGUUUGAUGCAAAUCUAGACACCCUUGCGUGGUCUUUGAAGAAGUCCGGCACCCCGAAUGUGAAAAUCAUAGUAGGAGAAAUCGGUUGGCCUACAGAUGGAAACAUAAAUGCCAACACCAGAUUGGCACAAAGAUUUUACAAUGGUUUCUUCAGGAAAAUGGCAACAAAGAAAGGAACUCCCCUGCAUCCAGGUAAUAUUGAUGUCUACCUUUUCAGCUUAACAGAUGAGAAUGCCAAAAGCAUUGCUCCGGGUAGUUUCGAGAGGCAUUGGGGGAUUUUCGGGUACGAUGGAAAGCCAAAAUUUGCACUAGAUUUCACCGGACAAUGGAACAGCAAGAUGCCGGUUGGCGCGAAAAACGUACAAUACCUUCCACCACAAUGGUGUGCAUUGAAGGCCGGAAUCAAUACCUCAGAUGACCGGAUACCACCCAAUAUCGACUACGCUUGUCGACAAUCAGAUUGCACAAGCUUAGGGUAUGGAGGAUCUUGCAAUAAAAUUGGAACAAGAGGGAAUAUUUCCUAUGCAUUUAACAUGUAUUACCAAAUGAACAAUCAAGAUGUUGAAGCUUGUGAUUUCAAAGGUUUGGCUGAGAUUGUCAAGAAAAAUCCCUCCACGCCCGAGUGUCCAUUCCCUCUUGCUCUCCAAAGUUUCGGGAUAAGACUCAAUGCUGGAAUUGUAUUGAGCGCUUUGACUACAUUUCUUGUUUCAAUUGCAUUGUUUUAGGAUAUACAACUGCAAAAUUGGAAAAGUGAAAACAGUACAUCAUAAGAUAAAUGUCGAGAUGUCGCGUGUCGUAUGAUAUACCAACAACAAUGUCCAUUGCAUAUAACCCCUUUGGACUAUUGUACAAGAAUUGUCUAGCCAAGACAUGUUUUGCUUCAAUGAUGAUCAUGAGCUGAUGCUUCCUAUUGAAUCAGAAAAGCAAGAACAAAAAAGAAACUGCUUGAUAUUAAAAAAUUAGCUCAUUUUUGUGUAUCUAGAGCAUUGAAAGGUGAUCCUUGAAUAUGUAGUAAUAAUGGAGAAUUUUUGGGUAAGUGAGUGUUGAUCAAACUCAGGUUGGGUUUGAGCAUUUCUUCCUCAUUAAAAAAAGAAAAAGAAAACAACAAAGCAUGAAUUGUAUUAAUUAUCUGAGAGGAUCCGAAAGUUUUUUUUUUUUUUUUGGUACAAAAA